UUGGCGCUUUUGUACAGCGGGCAGGGCGGUUGUCGCGGAGUCUGUGUGUGGUUGUAGCAGUGACAGGAGCAGGCCCUGUUUACUGGAGUCUCUGUUCCACGUUCUUUUGAAGUCCCUUCGACAUGGCAUCUUCUGACAUGCAGGUGAAAGAACUGGAAAAACGUGCUUCUGGCCAGGCGUUUGAAUUGAUACUGGGUCCUCCUCCUAAAGAAGCAGUUCCGGAGUUUCCCUUGUCUCCUCCAAAGAAGAAAGAUCUCUCACUGGAAGAAAUUCAAAGGAAGCUAGAAGCUGCAGAGGAAAGGCGCAAGUCCCAUGAAGCUGAAGUAUUGAAACAACUGGCUGAGAAACGAGAGCAUGAAAAAGAGGUGCUUCAAAAAGCAAUUGAAGAGAAUAACAACUUCAGCAAAAUGGCAGAGGAGAAGCUGACUCACAAAAUGGAAGCUAACAAAGAGAACAGAGAAGCACAAAUGGCUGCUAAACUGGAGCGCUUGAGAGAGAAAGACAAGCAUAUUGAAGAAGUACGGAAGAACAAAGAAGGAGGCAAAGAACAGGGUGAGAAUGAAAGUGACUGACUUCAUCCUGGAACCUGACUUUCUCCCCUUUGUUGAAAUAUCCAAAGACUGUAUUGGCCAGUGUUUUUGUUAAGUUUCUAGAGAACUGAUGUAGAACUGUAUAGUUAGAUCCAACUGUACAUUUGCUUUGGGGAACAAGAGGGGAGCCCUUUCAUGUUCACUCUUUUUCUAAACUGUUGUCUUUCCAGUGUAGCUAUCUUGUUGCAUUUCUUCUAUUCCAGUGCAUUUUGUUCCUGGAUUGAUGGCUAGUGCUGUAUUCAGCCGACAUACUUGUGAACGGAAUAUGUAGUGUAAUGUUCAUGCUGAAUCUGUUACACUUCAGAAUCUGUCAGUCUUAAAACAUUUCUGUAACCAAGUGACUUAAAUAAAGCUGCACAGUGCUGUUAUCACAGGUGACUGUUUCCGAGACUAGCAUGACACAUACUAAAUAUGCAACUCAAGCAUAGCUAUGGGUAGAAUGUAUUGAUGCAAUAUUGGAAUGAAAUGCCUGCAAACAAAAUUCCAUGUAUAGUGGCUAGUAAUACUCCACUGUAGCUUUUUUUGUCCCCCUGGAGUUGUGCCUAUUGUUCCAAUUCUACAAUAAGAGCUUUGUCUUACACCUCAGCAGUUGUCAGCUGCUGUUUUGCUGAAACCAUUCAGAACCACCUCCCUCCAUAGAUAUGCUUGAAAUUCCAACAAAUAACCCCUUGUUAACAUGCAACUGAUCUGACCUUGAAAGCAUUUGCUUGUUCACUUGCAGUUUCAUGUAGAAUGUUAAGGUUGUCCAUCUUACUGUAAGCUCCAAGUUAAUAGAAGUAGUACCCUAGUAUCAAGUGUGGGACAAAAAUAGGUUUAGGUAAAAGAGAGAGCAGGCUUGCAUACUCCAUUACUGCUAGAGACUGUUACAGCAGCUAAAUCAAUAUUGCAGUUCAGUUUAUUUACUAAAGUAAUUAGCACUACCCUAAUAACUGCAUUGUAGGGUUUUCUGGCAGAUCUUCCUAAUUCUGUCUCCCCCAACUUUUAAGAUUUUCUGCAUAUGUGUAGUUCUUUGAUUGUUUUACAGUUCCUUUGUAAAAUAAAUAGGCUUAGGUUUUCCACCUUACUUGGUGAGGAUGGUGUUCUAAUUGGAGGGAAUGAGUAUGGAGGGAAAUGAUGUCAAAGCAAUUUUAUGUGGGAUGGAAGAAGCCAGUAUUGUUUGGUAGCUAAAUACCUCCACCAUGUGGCUUAAAGGGGGAGUUACACUAUAUCAUCCAGAAUGCAUCAUUUCAAAUACUCACAUGUUGAAAAUAAGACAGACUUAAUAUUGAACUUUGACCUAUGAAGUUAUGGCUAACAGCUUCAGAAAUCAUAGAAGUAGUCUAAAAUCUCUUAUGGAGCAGGCUGUUCUUAAUUCAGUUUGGAAGAUGACUGACAACUGUGAUUGUAAUAACUUUUUUUGAUAUGAGGGGUACUUUAACUUGAGAGCUUCCCAACCCUCCCACUGUUGCAAUGUUUGUUAAAAUAGUAUGACUGGUGCUAGAUUCUUUCAGUUUUUUGGUAGUACAAAUGUGAAACUACUUCCUGUGCAUGGCUGUGUAUGCUUGAUCUUGUUCAUUACAUCAGCGUAUUAAAAAUACAACAAUAUCUAUCCAUCUCUGUAACUGAGACUGAGUUAGCCAACAAUAAAUACACUUAAAAUGAAA